UUAUGCGCGGCGCACACCGCUGUUCUUCGGCUGAGUAAUCGGCACAAUUGUGUACUACUACCGCUAUCUUUAGGGCGCACAGGUGGCUCACGGGGCAAGGUCCUCGGACGAAAGAGGUCCGGCACUGAACAUCCGAAACACGAGAGUGCAGAGGAGGAGGGCCGCGGCGGAAGGCGGGGUCGGCGCAGCUCGGGCAGCUCCGUUGGCACUUCAGCGUCAGGCGGAGGAGGGCGCAGCAGCAGCGGCGGCGGAAGUGGAAGCAAGCGGUGUGAUAUGAGAGCCAAGCUGGAGCGCAGCCGACAGAGCGCACGAGAGUGCCGGGCACGCAAGAAGCUGCGCUACCAGUACCUCGAGGAAUUGGUGGCUGAUCGAGAGAAGGCCGUGCUGGUGCUGCGCCACGAGCUUGACAUGUACCGACAGUAUUUCAAGGAGAUGGACGAGGGCAACAUUCCCGAGGCUGUUCUCCAAAUCCUAGAGAGAGAGCAAGAAGAGCAUGAGCAGCAAAUCGCUCAACAAGAGUGAUGCUACGAAGCCUCGUCGUGUCAAGCUGGUGUGACAGUGUUGGUUGAUUUAAGCGAAUUUCAGCAGCACAGGGUGUGUGUGUCGAGACAGUUGAGUUGCAGUCCUGUACUGUCCCUUGGUACGUGUUACUGGCAUUGAAUCUAUUCACUUGGAGUCUCAUAUUGAUCAGUGUAAAGGAUGCAUUCAAACUAAGCGAAGAAAUCGGGCAUUGCGCGCUAUACCUCUAGGCUGUCCAUAUGGCAGUAUCGUUUUGUAUCGAGCUGUUCUUUCCUUCUAGUCCAUUCCAUCAGUACACCGACCCAUAAAAAACUUCCAUGUGGCACGUAUUUUUGCUUUUUGGCCUUCUUUGUUAAGCGUUUCCGUCUUUUCUUAGCCAGAGAUUUGCGGGAGAGCUAUUCCGGUGAAAUCUGUGAUCGCAGUGAGGCACUGAUUUGCCCAGUUUUGAAAACACGAUGUCGGUUUAUCAGAAAUCUUUUUCAGUGUGUGCCGACGUGACAUGAAGGCCUCGUGGUGUCAUAUCAUGAAGAUGACCGGUGAAGUUCGUUUAAUAGCAUGUAGAGUAUUCAUCGAAAGAAACAGAGUUGCCUAACACUUCAGUCUCAUAGAAUUUUGUCUGCAUUUCAUUGUGCCUCUGAAGUUUGUGGUUUCACAAGCAUUUAAAGUGUCAAUGACAGUUCAAGUAUAGCUGUCCAGAAUACUUGAAAAACAUGGAUGCAGCUGGUAGCCAGUCCUAUACCAAGCUGCAGUCAAAUGUGUAGUGGCUCUGUUUGUUCUGGUGAAUUCCACAUGUAACAGACAUUUGGUUUUACGUUGCACGUGCAGUGCCAUCUAUUUUGGUGUAAAUGUUGCGGAUUUCGAAGCUUAUUUAUUUGUGUUGCUAAGGCAGAAAAAGAGAACUUGUGAUUUAUUUUUGUGCAUAAUUCCUUAUUGCAUAUUUAUGUUCUGCAUUGCUUUUUUUUUUCCUUUGUUUCACGCUUCAGUUCGACUUGGCGGCGCAGAUAUUUUGUCACAACAAAAACAAGCUUGCGCAGCAAUAUUUUCAUUUUUGCGAAACAUAGUUACUGAUAGUUAUGGAAUCAUAUUUACUCUUGUUAUACAUUUUAUACACAUUUUAGUUGAUUAUAGAGUUCUGUUGCCUCCUUGGAACAAUUUGGAACCAGGCAGGAACAUGUCUUUUAUGAUAAGUUAAAGCUAUUGUCAUGUUGCAUUCACAUGCAUAGCAAAUGUGAUCACAUGGUGUAUAAGUAGUAUGUGACGCUUGUUUUCAUAGGUCACGUCCUUGCAAUAAUUGCAUGCGUUCUGCGCUUAUAUAGUGUUGGUAUUGAAACUUGUUGUUUUCAAGUAUCGCUUUGUUAUGUUUAGCUCAAGUUGUGAUGUGGAAGAAUCGCGAUCGUUUUGCACUUACAGUUUUAGCAUUUUAACUUGUGUGUUGUACUCAGGAUCUUUACUAUCGCUUCGUUAUGUUUUGUUGAAGCGCAAAUUGCUUUCUUCGUUCAUUCGCCAUAGCUUUCUAAAGAGGAGCUGUUAUUUGUUAUUAGUGGUGUGUUUAGCAGGUUAUUUGACGUUAUUUGUAUGACGAAUAGUCUAGUUACAUUACCGGAAACAUAUAGUCAGUCGAGUAGUGCCACAAGACAGGCACUGCCUGUUCUUUUUGUUUGUUUGUUUUUCCUGCUUUAUUGGAAACUCAACUACGUCGCACUACCUGUUGCAUAACCUGUUGUCGGCAUUCUUGAUUGUGGUAUGCAUAACUGUUUCCACAAAAGUCACCGUUUACUUCAUGCUUACCAAUGCAGCAGAUUGCAUUUUAAUGCCCAUAAUUUUCUGUGCUGGACCAUUGCAAAGAGAUGUUAUUGUGUGCUUUCUUUUAAACCAAACACAAAUUUGUGGUAGGAGUGCCACGUGAAAUUUGGUUACACUCCCGGUGCAGUGUUGUUAUGUGGCACCUGUUGCUGCUGUUGUGCGAGUGGAAAGAUAUAUUACAUUGAAUUAAAAUCUGAAUGAAAUAA